AUGGCUUGCAGUAUGGAUGUAAACUGUGGUUCCUGCGUGAGAACCAAUGCAAGAUUAGCUUUGGAGAAGAAGAAAUUACAAGAAUCCGAUAUAGACAGAGCUCUUCGCAAUAUCUUCUCUAUUAGAAUGAGGUUAGGACUAUUCAAUGGUGACCCAAGAAAAUUGGAAUAUGGAGACAUUGCAACAACAGAGGUUUGUAGUAAAAAGCACCAGGAUCUAUCCCUUGAAGCAGCAAGAAAUGGCAUUGUCCUUUUGAAGAACUCUCCCAAACUCCUUCCACUUUCUAAGAAUAAAACCACAUCACUUGCUGUAAUAGGUCCAAAAGCAAAUGAUGCUGAAUUACUUUUAGGUAAUUAUGCGGGCAUUCCAUGCAACAAUGUUUCAUUACUCCAAGGAUUUCAGCGCGUCGUGAAAAACAUAGGCUACCAUCCGGGCUGCAACUUUGUCAACUGUACUUCUGCUGCAACACAUGAAGCAAUUGACGUUGCUAAAAAGGCACAGUAUGUUGUUUUAAUAAUGGGAUUAGACCAGCGUAUGGAGAGGGAGAGCUGGGAUCGCACUGAACUCGGGCUGCCAGGCCAGCAAGAGACUCUUAUUAAAGCAGUAGCCAAGGCUGCUGCUGAACCUGUUAUACUUGUGUUGGUAGGUGGAGGUCCUAUUGAUAUUUCUUUUGCCAAGAACAACCCGAAAGUCGGAGGCAUCUUGUGGAUUGGUUAUCCUGGAGAGGCUGGAGCAGCUGCACUAACACGGAUCAUUUUUGGAGAACAUAAUCCAGGGGGCAGGUUACCAGUGACUUGGUAUCCCAAGGAAUUCACAAAAGUACCAAUGUCAGACAUGAACAUGAGGCCUAACUCAACGACUGGAUAUCCAGGGCGAACAUACAGAUUUUACAAAGGGCCAAAAGUUUAUGAAUUUGGAUAUGGCCUUAGUUACACAAGUUAUUCAUACAAGAUUGACUCUGUCAAUCAUGACAAGCUCUACUUCGACAACCUAACGACAGACAAGGCAAGAAAACAUGGUUCACUACUUAAUGUAGCAGUUUCGGAUAUUGGAUCAGAGGCUUGCAAAAUGGCUAAGAUUUCAGUCAAGGUUGUGGUGAAAAACAAGGGAAAGAUAGCUGGUAAACACCCUGUAUUGUUGUUUCUUAGGCAUCCCAAGGUGAGAGAUGAGGUUCCAAUAAAGCAGUUGAUUGGAUUCAAGAGUGUACGUAUAGAUGCAGGGGAAACGACCAAAAUCAAAUUUGUGGUGAACCCUUGUGAACACUUCACUAGGGCUAAUGAAUAUGGUAUAUCAGUAAUUGAUGAAGGGAAAUAUUAUCUUGUUGUGGAAGAUAAGAAAUAUCCCGUUAUUGUAUUCAUAUGACCCUUUAGAUCACAUAUAGGAGU